AUGAACGGAUUUCAAGGUAUCAAAUCCCUACUCAAGAACAACAAAACCCAUAUAUCUGUUGCGUUCGGUUCAAGGGAAGAAAAUCUAACCUAUAUUAAAAAGGAAGACCAUGAUCCAAUACAAUAUUACAACGAAACCUACGGUGCUGGUUCAAUUUCUGAUAUAUUUGUCAAAGGUUAUGCAGAAUACACCGGUUUCACUAUGGAUGCCAUGAAAGAAGAUAAAAUGAAACAAUUCACAAGCGUCGUAUGGAAACCAUGGCAACAACACAUCAUUGACAUAUGUGAAACGAAACCAAACGGAAGAAAAAUAUACUGGUGUUGA